CAAUAUAUGUCGUGUGUGAGAUAACAUCGUCAUAUGUUUGAAUAAUAAUUUGUAACGAAACAUAAUGCUUAGUGUUCGAUUAUUUCGUUUAAUUAACGAUAAACGGUUGAGCGUGCCAUUUAUACGUUGUUUCCACCAUGAAUUUAGCAAACCCGAGAUCAAAACUGGUGAAGGAGAGAAGAAAAACAACAAGACUUCCACUGGAGCCAUAACGGAGGAGUCAACGGAAUCAAUUCUUACCGGAGCAAUGAGCCAAAAAUUUAAGGUAUUUCGUGAAGAGGAAUCACCAGAAAUCAUUGAUGUUAUAGAGGAGCGUGAACGCUAUCAAACCGAAGAUGAUGCUGAUGACAUGUAUGAUGAUGCCUACAUGGGGCUAAAUUUGAAAAGAGGAAUUCAUGGUGUCUUUGACGUUGAAGAUCUGGUGGACGUUUUACGAAGAGAAAACGCCGAGGACAUCUUUGUUUGUUCAGUACCCAAAGAAUUGAAGUACGUUGAUUAUAUGGUGGUCUGUAGUGGGAGAAGUUAUCGCCAUAUGUUGGCUACGGCUGAAUUCGUACGCCGCAUAUUUAAAAUAAAAAGGCAAAAGGGUGAUACUCUACCUAAAAUUGAGGGGGAGAAAAGCCGUGAUUGGAUGGCAAUGGAUUUGGGCAAUAUUACCUUGCACAUAUUUUCACCUAAGGCCAGAGAAACCUACGAUUUGGAAUCGUUGUGGGCAAUUGGCGUACAAUUCGAUAAAGAAUUCAACAAACCAAAGGAUCCAUUAGUAGAGCUUUUUGAGAAGCAUUCUACUCUGCUGACUGACAUUAAACUUGCGAAUCAAUCAUAAUAAUUUGUGGAAUGUUGUAUGUUAUAAUUUGCAAGAAAUUGGUUUUCACAUAAAAUUAGAAUAAAAUACAUUAUGUACAUAUAUAUGAAAAAGAUUUGUGUACAAAAC